AUGCUGUGUCCACAGUUGCAUACUCAAGCUCACAUCAUGUUUGUCGAUCCCAAUGCAUCCUCUUCGGUUUGUGGUCAUCGUGGAUGCUUCGGAGCAAUCUCAACUACCACAGCUGCCAUGGUCUCAUGCAUGAGACUAUUCAACAGACUCCAAACUCAGAAGGAAACGCCUGUUCCUCCUCCACAUAAUAUUCAACUUUGCCAAGUUGGGAACAAUGGAGCCAAUCUUACAUGGGAUGUAGUAACCUCUUCUGGAGUAGAAGUGGUUGGAUAUCGGGUUUAUUUCCAAGACGGUAAAAAAAAGUGGAAACGUUUUGAAAUAAGAAAGCCUCUAUUCUUCCUUCCAUUUAAGCAAGAGGUAUUAAAAGGAUCAAUCUCCGCUAUUUAUACACCUCUUUUCAAAAAAGGCACCGUUUUUGAAGGAGGUAGAUCAGAACCAAUUGCAAUUCAAAAGACCCACCGAAAAAAAAUUCCGCCACCACAAAAUAUUCAAUUGCAGCAAGUUGGAGACAAGCAAGCACGCCUUUCAUGGAAUGAAGUGACCUAUCCAGGAGUAACUGUGCUUGGAUAUCUCGUUGUUUACAAAGACGGUAAUUCGAAAUGGAAACGUCAUAGAUCAACAGCUUGUGAAGUUGUUCUUCCAUUUGAGAAUGAAAUGUUUGUGGCACAAGUAGCCGCCAUUCAUACAAACUUCAAUGGUCACAGGAAAAAAGUUCUAGGAGAAAGGUCAAAGUCGAUUAGUAUUCAAAAGUCUCACCAAAAUAAAAUUCCGCCACCACAAAUUGUUCAAUUACAGCAAUUUGGAGACAAGCAGGCACGCCUUUCAUGGAAAGAAGUGACCUAUCCAGGAGUAACUGUGCUUGGAUAUCUCAUCUUUUACAAAGACGGUAACUUGGAAUGGAAAAGUCAUAUAUCAACAGCUUGUGAAGUUGUUCUUCCAUUUGAGAAUGAAAUGUUUGUGGCACAAGUAACCGCUUUUCAUACAGCCUUCAAUGGUCAAGGGGGCAAAAUUCUAGGAGAAAGAUCAAAUUCGAUUAGUAUUCCAAAGGUCAACCGAAAAUAUGUUCCGCCUCCUCAAAAUGUCCAAUUGCAGCAAGUUGGAGACGAGUGGGUACGAAUUACAUGGAAUAAAGUAACCGUUCCUGAAGUAAACGUGAUGUCGUAUAGAGUUUAUUACGCCGACGGUUCUGGAAAUUUUAUACAUUAUGACACAACGAAAAAUCAAAUCGAAAUACGAUUUAUUAGUAAUACCUUUUCGGCAACUGUGGCCACAUGGUAUAAACGCACAAAUGUAAUCGAGGAACAAAUGUUAGGACGUCGGGCAAGCAUAGUUCGAAUUCGAAAGAUCCACCGACAAUAUGUUCCGCCUCCUCAAAAUGUCCAAUUGCGGCAACGUGGAGACAAUCUAGCACAACUUUCAUGGGAUGAAGUGACUACUCCUGGAGUAACUGUGCUGUCAUAUCUGGUUUCUUACUACCAUGGGAGUGGACAUUGGAUGAAUUAUGAAACAAGGCAGCGCGAAGUCAACAUUACAUUUGUCACUAAUACCAUUUGGGCGUCGGUUGCCGCUUAUUAUAAACGCAUCAAUGUACUCGAGAACAAAAUUCUUGGAAAAAGAUCAAUUACGGUUAGUGUUCACAAGGCCAAACUAACACAUAUUCCGCCUCCUCCUCAAAAUGUCCAAUUGCAGCAACGUGGAGACAAUCUGGCCCGCCUUUCAUGGAAUGAGGUUACGGCUCCAGGAGUAACUGUGCUGUCAUAUCUGGUUUAUUACAACAACGACAGGAAGCAUUGGAAAGAGGAAGAAACAACUGCACUCGAAUUCAAUAUUGAAUUUGUUGAAAAUUACAUAUGGGCUUCGGUUGCUGCUUAUUAUAGACUCACCAGUGAUCCCAAGAACAAAAUUCUUGGAAAUAGAUCAAUUACGGUUAGUGUACGCAAGGUCAAACCACCAUAUGUUCCUCCUCCUCAAAAUGUUCAAUUGGACCAAGUUGAAGACAAGUUGGUACGUCUUACAUGGAAUGAAGUAACAGUACCCGAAGUAACUGUGUCUGGAUAUCUGGUUCGUUACUACCUCGAUGGUAAAGGGUGGAUAGAAUGGGAAACAAAUGAGCUCGAAUACUACAUUAAAUUUGAUGCAAAUUACUUAUGGGCUUCGGUUGGCGCUCAAUAUAAACGUACUGAUGUAAUCGAGGACAUAAAACUAGGAAAUAUGUCAGACCCACUUCUAAUUCAAAAUUCCCACCUGCGAUGUGUGAAGUAA